UCUCACCCAAGUCGUGCCUUACGCAUGCGUUUGCCUUUAUUUGCUUGAUUCGUUCGUAGUUGAACUGAGCACAAAGACGCAUUCGGAGCGAGAUGGCUAAAAGAUCGCCUUAUCGUGCGUCCAAAAUCGAAAGCCGGUGGAUUUUACAGUGAGAAAACCCCCUUGUUUCAAGACCACUGGUGAUUUGACCAUGAAUCCAGGCAGACUUCGCGGUUAUCUAUCGACGAAAUCUGCCCUUUUGAUAAAGGAAGGCUUUACUACGGGUAGAUUAUGACCUUCAAAAAUCAAAAUUCGUUCCUUGCAUGAGGGAAAAUGACUGAUCUUAAAGUCUGGGUGGAUGGUGUACCGCGAGUUGUGCGUGGAGCACACGAGGAUACUACAUGUGAAAAUAUUUUGUUCGCUCUAGCGAGCGCCACGGGUAAGCUUGGAAGAUUUGCCUUGGUCGAAAAAUGGCGAGAUCUCGAAAGGAUUUUGCCGCGAGAGGCGAAACCGCUCAAGUGCUUGCAGAUGUGGGGAAAGCAAGCGGGCGAAGUCAAGUUUAUUUUGAAAUUAAUGAAAGACAAAUCAAAAACGAAGGAGAGCAAAGUAGGUGCUGAAGAACACUCCGAGGAUGAAGAGAACUUAACGAGUGACCCUUUUCAUCGCUCUUUCGAACGGAAGACUUUGGAGAGAGUCGUCGCUAAUCAGACGAAUAAGUUGAAACGUCUCACGCGUGACCUGGAAAUCAUACAGUUGCGAAUUGACAGUUGUGUCGACAACGAAGAAGAUUAUCUUUACUUCACCGAAGAGGAAAUCACCGAGGAUCGUAUCACUAAACUCGGACAGGUUCUGAAAUUGCAAGCCAAGGAAUUAUCCGUGGAAGGAAUUUGUGCAAACGAACUCGCGAAAGAAAGAACACGGGAGGAAAAACUCCAGUUCGAACUUGAAGAUCACCGAAAUAAACUUCACCACCUAGAUGUUCACAUCUCCGAUUUAGAAAGCGUCGGUACCAAAAUUUAUUCCAUGCGAGCUCCUCAGGACAGGAACAUUGACAAUGGUUCACAGCGAAUCGGCGUGAGUGAUCUGGAAGAACUAGCUCAAGAAAUAUCGAUAACAAGAGAAGAGCUGUCAAAGCAAAGAGAACUCGCUGAUCGACAGAGCGAGGAAGUUGAAAACAUUAAAAAGUCGUUCUCGGAAUUAGAACGGAUCGCGCGCCAAAAAACUGUACAACUCGACUCGCUGAAAGGUGAUUCAUCAUCAGAAAUUCGCUUAUCUUAUUACGAUUUAGACAAAAAUCUACAAUUAGACACCGCGAAGGACAUUCCGUUAAAUGGCGUGGAUGAUAUGCUUUUAUCGCCUGAUAAAAGCAAAUUAACUGGUUCUGUGGCUUCUCAAACACCAUCCCGAAAUGGGACACAAAAAGAUGAUUCGUCACAUGGAGCUGUUUCUUCUCAUAAAUCUCCUGUCCGACAGAGAAUUGGGGCAUUUGAUAGCCCUGAUGAUCCGGGAGUUUUUGUCUAAGAAAAACGUGAUGAAGGAGUGUUUCCAUGCCAGGAUGACGUGAGACACUUUGGACAAGCCAAGUGAAAUGAAUUUAAACAAAGUUUUUCUGUCUCAGAAUCCUUCAAGGCUGCUAAAUAUUAUUGUGGAAGGUUUCAGAUUUGGAGGAAGGAAAAUAACCAAUCCAGUCUUUUGACAUAUUUUUGACAGAACUUAGUUUGAGUUUGGAUGAACAAGCAAGGAUGAUAAUGAGUUUGCUGCUCUUGAAGAUGUGUUUAAUGCAAAUCAUAUUGCCUAAAAGGUAUUGUUUGUUGCAAUAUGAAAUGAUUUCACAUGAUUGUGAUAUAGUGGUGGGGGAAAUGUGUAUGUGUUGAAGCAACAAAUGACAAAUUUAGAGAAAUUUACAGAAACUAGGAAAUGGUUGAAGGAACUCUAAGCAUUGUUAUUGCGUUAAAAGAAAUAUAUCUGCAGUUUUAAUUUGAUAAAGGCUAAAGUAAUAUCAUGAACAAGAGAAUUAAUUAUUAUAUUAUGAUUCCUUUUAAAAGUUGUAAGAGGGAGAAACAUUUUUUUUGUCAAUAAGAUUUAUUUAAAUUUAUUUAUGGAAGGAAGUUGAGUGAAUUUUACAAUAAAUUAUUACCUCAAAUCAGUCAUUUAAAAAUUUGCCAUAAUUAUAGCUUAUCUUGAUACUCAUUGUGUGAGCUUUUGUUAACUGAAUUUAAAUUUCUGAAAUAAAGAAAUAUGUUUAUCUAAAUUUAAUAAAUAUAUUUAGACUGUGGAAAGUGUUAAUCAUGUAUGGAUUGGUGGGAUGGGGUACCCAACAGUCUGGUGCCUGGAGUGAUAUUAUCUAAUGAAAUGUAGCAAUCAUGGAGCAUAUUGCCAGCUUCCAUUGGUGAUGAUGGCCAGAACUAUUUGUUCUUUGCAUCUCUUGCCUAUAACUAGUUCCAAUACCCAGCUCUUCUCUCUAUCACUAAGGGGAAUCUGCAAAGUGUCUGGGAAGUACUUCACUGGGUUAAAAGAAAGGAAAAAGAACUGAAUAAUACUACAUAAAUGAUAAAGAAACAGAAGAAAUCAUGCAUUUUUUCUGAAAUAAUAAAG